AUGUCGGAAGCCUACGCGGCCGAGAACAAAGGCCCAAACAUCAUGUUGACAAUAUUUGUUAUUGUCGACAUCAGCACUCUGUUUAUUGCCGCUCGUCUCUUUGUACGAAUCAAGAUCCUCGGCCAGACGCACUUGGAUGACCAUUUGACCGUAUUGUCGCUGCUUCUCAGCUAUCUCACAGUCGGUCUCGAGAUAUGGGCCAUUCGAUGCGGUAACGGCCGACACGCCGACACCCUUUCGCAAGAGCAGCAAUCCGCCGCUAUCCUGUCGACCAUCUCCGGUUUCCCUCCGAACGUACUCGCAUAUACAGUACCCAAGUUUGCUGUAGUGGCGUUAUUGGUCAGAAUAUUGAACCCUGGGAGAGUGCAUCAGAUGGUACUUUGGUCACUGGCGACUGUAUGUUUGGUACUCGUAUCACUGUGCAUCAUCAUCCUGUUUGCUCAGUGUAGUCCGACAUAUGCUCAGUGGGACUUCUCGGUGACGAACAAGAACUGUUGGAGUCCAUCGGUUCUUGUCAACGUUGCUAUUUUGACGAGAGCAUAUUCUGCAGCACUUGACCUUUAUCUUGCAAUCUACCCGGCCACAGUGCUCAUGAGACUUCAAAUGAAUAUGAAAAAGAAGAUAGCUUUGAGCGUUGCCCUUGGUAUUGGCUCUAUCGUCGAAGGCAACACCCUUAUCAUUGCUGCCUGUAUACCCAUUCUGGGGCCUCUUGUGGAACUUGCUCUGGGACGUCGCGUACUCAGCACGACUGACCGGAAGUACCAGGAACAGAGCGGCACUGCUGAAUUGCAACUGGUUUCAAUUGGGAGAAAAGGCCCUCGGUCGCUCCCUUGGAACGGGGACUCUGUUGGCAGAACAUCCACCACGGUUAUUGGUUCGCACCACGAGGGGAAAGACGCCAGCAGCCAGGAAAGCAUCCUCGAGGCUACAUUGAGGCAGAAGAAGGACGUGGUAGGAAUCAUUAGACGGGAAGAUAUCACAAUAUCCUACGAGACCGAUGAUGGGCCGAAAAGUCUGGCCGGCAUUGACAAACCAGCCAAGGGGAAUCCGUUUUAG